AUGAACAGAGUGAUUGCAUCGGAGGGGCUUGGUAGCGUGGCUGCCCGUGCCACCGGACCCAACUGGCAGCGAUGGAACAUCCCUAUCGCCUUGGCGGCGCGUCCACAGCUGAUUAACGGCAGCUGGCGGAAGCCGCUCAUCUCUCGGCGGCACCUUGCCAAGCUGCGAAACGAGCACCUCGAGAAUGGCCGGCCCUGGGAAGAGCCGGCGGCCAACUACUCGGUCACUAAGGUGCGCAACCCCGACAAGCCGCUGUACAAGGGGCACAAGCGCCUGCGCCCCGAGACCAUUGCCAAGAGCUGUGGCAGUGCCGGUCGAUGGAGCAACAAGGCGAUUCUCACCACGUUCAUUCCAUUGCGCAGGCAAAAGAUGAUCGAGACCAAGAUGAAGGAGAUCCCAGCCGUGGAGAAGGCGCAGAAGAAGAUCAGGGACGAGUACAAGCAGAGGCCGCUCAAGGGACUCGAGUUGUUCUACGUCAAGCCGGCGAGGAAGGAGGUGGCCAAGAUCAAGGCCAAGUGCAGGGGCGGCUCCGGCGGUUCCGCCCAGCCCGAAGCCGACUAA